ACAACACGUCGAACACUCAUCAUUCCCCCCCGCGACUUUCCCUCUCCCCAAACACCUCAUUUCCGAGAAAAAGAGAAGCUCAAGUUUAGGUAGCAGGAAGAAAAUGGCUGAUCAGCUUACUGAAGACCAGAUCUCUGAGUUCAAGGAGGCCUUCAGCCUCUUCGACAAGGAUGGCGAUGGUUGCAUUACUACCAAAGAGCUGGGGACUGUGAUGCGAUCACUUGGACAGAACCCUACCGAGGCAGAACUCCAAGAUAUGAUCAACGAAGUUGACGCUGAUGGGAAUGGGACCAUUGAUUUUCCUGAAUUCCUUAACCUCAUGGCAAGGAAAAUGAAAGAUACUGACUCAGAGGAGGAACUUAAAGAGGCUUUCAGGGUGUUUGACAAGGACCAGAAUGGCUUCAUAUCAGCUGCUGAGCUCCGUCACGUUAUGACAAAUCUUGGUGAGAAGCUUACAGAUGAGGAAGUCGAUGAGAUGAUCCGUGAGGCCGAUGUUGAUGGUGACGGGCAGAUCAACUAUGAUGAGUUCGUCAAAGUCAUGAUGGCCAAGUAAGGAUCUCUCCAACCAUAACCAAGAUCCAAAAAUGGCAAAAAAAAAUGAGGAAAAAAACAGUGCAGAUAAGUUUGCAAAUAUUUCAAUUUCUCAAUUUACAUCUAUGUUUUUUCUUGUCUCACGGUUGGUCGUCUGUUUAUUGUUUGCAUUAUUUCAUGGACCAGCUUGUUUGCUCUGUUUUUUGUUCCGAACUCCGGGUUUUCAUUAGCAGUGUCAUCUUUUUUUUUUUCUUACCGUUUGGCGUUUUCUUUCUAUUCUUGGUGCCAUGAAACUUAGAACAAUUUGCAACAAGAUUCCAUGUUUUUGCU